UCCAACAAUGAGUUCGAGACCAAAAGCUAAGCGCAGUUAUAACAAAGCUCCGUGCAAUGCUUGCUAUUCGCCGGAAGAAAUUGGUGAAAAUCAUGAACAAUUUGGUGAUCCUUUGGAUAAGUCCCACCUCGAAACAACCAAACAUAAAUUCAUAACGACUGUCACAAAAGAUCAAGUUGAUUUAUCGAAAAUUAAGCCACAGAACAACCAAAGCCAAUCUGACGAAUAUUAUGUUCAACGUGAGGAACAUAAGCGCAUGAGCAAAUUGAACAAUAAAAAACCAUGGCUAGAUGUGAGGUUUUGUAAAAAAAACCAGGAUUACGUUCAUUAUUGCAAUUAUUGUGACGAUUUUAUAUUGGGUGUCACUCUAAGCAAACAUGAACAAUUGGACAAACAUUGGAAGAAAUUUCAAAAGCGUUUUAUGACCGAUUUGAGUCAUUUGUUAUCAAAAAGUAGUACGAAAUUGGACCAUUCCGUGUUUGAAUUCACACAAAAGUAUACUGGUAUCGAGUUGGAAGAUGCAAAAGCCUUUUAUCGCAGUCAUUCAAAUCAAAUUAGGAUCAAAGGGAUCAAAGAUGAUGCAGUCAAUGAACUGAAUGAUAGUGGAAUUGAAAUUUCAAUCGCAAAUAAUAAUAAGUCAAUUGGCGAUGACCAAUCAAAUUUACUAAUGGUAACGUCUACUCCGAAAAAAUCUGCACCAAAAAUUGUGUCACCAAAAAAAGUUCCGAAAAAAACUUCAAACGCCAAAAAUGUAGAAGCAAAGACUGCGUAUGUGAAAGAUAUGCACACAUCAACGGAAGUUUGUAAAACCGCUUACACAGAUACCGUACGAAUGUAUUAUCAGAAUGUGAACAGCAUUAAAAGCGAUGAAAAAAUGAAGAAUUUUGUCGCCACAUCCGUUAGUAAAUAUGACGUGGUGAUUUUCACUGAAACAUGGUUGAACGACGCCCAAGCAUUAAAACAUAACAUGAGCGGUUUUAAUGAACAUUUCGAUGUUUACCGCCGUAAUCGUUCUGAAAGUGUUAAAUCUAGAGGUGGUGGAGUACUGGUGGCUGUUUCAGCAAAAUUGUACAGUGACCCAGUACUUUUGAACAGAUUCAAUCAUCUGGAAUAUGUUUGCUUGCAAUUUUUGAAUAAUAACAAAUCCAUUUUCCUAUACUGUGCUUACAUUCCACCUGAUUCAACUAUAGACAUUUAUGCAGACCACGUAAAGGCAAUUCGUUCCAUUAAUUUGCGCAAAGAUGACCUUUUAAUUGUAGUCGGCGAUUUUAAUUUGCCAAACUUUGAUUGGCAUACGAAAGAUAAUAAAACUUUUUGGCCAGAGAUGAACGGCUCAGUCAGAGAAACUCGUUUACAAACACAAAAAUUUCAACUCCUUAAGGAAUUGCAAUUAAAAUGCAAGCUGUAUCAAUUCUGCAAUGCCAAAAAUCACAAAGGCAAUGUUCUUGAUUUGGUCUUUUCAAAUUAUACUGAUCACAUGUCUAUUGGUGAAUUGCCGGAAUCACAAAAACCCAUGAGCAAACAUGACGAACGCCAUGCACCCCCAUUUGAGAUCAUCAUUAAUUGUGAACAUUUUUCAACGAAGAAAGAUUCUAAAAGUCAUAUACUUGAUUAAAUAUUUGAAACAUUCCCCAGAGUAAAUAUGAUCGGUUGUUUGUGGCAGGUAAUGACAGUUACAAAGUUCAAAUACAUGUUUGCUUGCAUUCAA